ACGCGAUCAGCAGUUCAUUGUGCCUAUUUAAGAGGUUUGAAUGCAGGCCUAUUUUACACAACAGUAGGAGGAUACCCUACACACAACAUUUUCUCGCGAUCGACUGGAACUCAGCCCGCGAUCGACUGGUAGACCGCGAUCGACUGAUUGGGCACCCCUGGUUUAGAUGUAUAUAAAGCUGCAACGAUUAGUCGACAAUGGUCAUGUGUAUUCAUGUGUAGGUCGUAUUAUUUAAGCAACCUAUGUAUUUAACUCAUGACUCAUUAGAACACACGCAAAUGAAAUUGCAAUAGAGUUGGCAAGCAACCACCGUCAUUUAGUAUGCUGUGGAUUAGCAUUUUACUGCUUCCGGUUCUGAAGGGGAAGCAAAAGGACCAUUCAUUUUCCCAUUGUUUUGUUUAUAAAGUGUCUAUUCCCCAUUGAUGCUCCACACCCGUAACAGGUGGUGGCGUUAAUGCACCGAGUUGGAUGCCAACCGCCAAUAAAAUAAAAAAAGGAGAGGAGAGAAUCAUUGACUAGUCGACUCCUAAAAUAAUCAUUGCAGCCCUAGAUGUAUAUAUUAAACAGUACGGUACUUAACACACAUGAUGAUAGUGAGGUACAUUUUAUUAUGAAAUAUGAAAACAUAUAGAUAUUAGCCGAUUCCACCGAGAAAGCGCCCUCUACUGGACUGAGACAUUUUCCACGAUAAGUAAGUGUUAAAACAGCAGCAUUUGCCACGGAGAGCGAGUGGUAACUACCUUAAACAUUUGUUUACCUCGGCAUCCAGUGGUAAUUCCCCUUCAGCAGCCAUCGGCAAGUACUGGCAUCUGUGGUAGCUAGUGGCAUCUGCGGCUGCCACCGGAAGUACUUGCCACUGCUUGCAAAUGCCACAAAUUGAGCAAGGCCCUACUGACAAGAUCGCAGUGGAUAAUGGGUUUGGAGGUGUGUAUGGGACGCAGAAAGCUGAUUGGAUGGUGGAUGUGGUGCAGCAGUUUUUCCAUGACAACGCCGACCUGCAGCGGUGUGAGGUGGAAGACUUUGUGGCAGAUAUCAUGAACCAGGAGUUCAAUACAGUGGUGGAGGACGGGAGUCUCCCUCAGCUGUGUGACUCUCUGCUGCAGAUGUUCUCUCAGUGGCAGCAGGGGGCGCUGCAGACGCUCAGAAACACCAUCGACUCUCUGUCUCAGAAGAAGAGUGAACGGGCAAAGGUCACGGCCCCUCCCCCUCAGUCUGAUGAAGAGGAGGAGGAUGAAGAAGCUCAGGUGAUGGAGUGUGAAUCCUGCGGUCCGUCAGUCAGCAGGACAGCAGAUCCACCUGAGGAAGAGGAUGGCUGGACGAUGGUGAAGAAGAAGAAGUGAAGAGGGGUGUGUGUGUCUUUUUAAUAAACCUGUUAAAAUGC